AAUGCACGCGGGACCCACAAAACAUAAGGUGGGUUUGCUCCAAAGCAACACCAGCCGCCGAUCUAAAUCCAACGGUUAAAGUGCUAGCGUCCACUUAGGUCACUUUGAAUCUAUGCUACACCGUGACUCUCUCUCUUUUCGUCCCCAACACUCCCUCCCCUCUCCUCUGCAAUGUCGCCGGUGCCGUCGUUUUUAUCCCACUUCAAGAAUAUUGAAUUUUGUUAAACGCCGUCGUUUUAAUUGCCGGUUUUACGAGUGUAUGAUCCCAUCAACCGAAAAAUGCUAGACAUUUGUGUUUAUUAUUACAGUCGUUGACAUUUGAUAUGCAAUUGUGAUUGUGGUAUGGAUGUAGCAGUGGUAGAUAUUGAAGAGGGGACCAUGGGACAACAUGGGGGCAUCACAGAAGAUGGAGAUGAUGAAUCCAAUGAGGCUGGGGACAUAAAUGCUUACGGAGACUCUAUAGACCAGGAUGGGGUUGGGAUAUUUCCCGAGCCACAUGUGGGAAUGGAAUUUGAAUCCGAGCAUGCUGCCAAGACGUUUUAUGAUGACUAUGCCAGACGCCUGGGGUUUAGCUCCCGUGUCAGCCAGAAUGGUCGGUCAAAGACCAAUAGGAUGGUUACAUACCGCGAGUUCUUAUGUUCCAGAGGUGGGUUAAAAAGAAGGUCUGGUGAUACAUGCGCUGCAAUGCUUAAAAUAGAGUCAAGGGAUCAUGACAAAUGGGUUGUGACAAAAGUGGUGAAGGAACAUAGUCACUCUACUGUGAGUCCCGGUGCGGUGAAUCAUCUCAAAACACGGAGACAUUUUGCUGCCACCAAAAAUAAGGUGGCAGAAAGUCACCAAGGUGUGAAUAUAGUUCCCAGUGGCGUUAUGUAUGUUUCAGUAGAUGGAAACCAUGUUUCAGCAGAAAUCAGCCGUGGAGGUAAGAAUAUGGCUCCUUCAGAAUCAAAUCGUACGGUCAAGAGCACUGGUUCAUUGUGCUAUAGUACUGGACAUCCCGGUCAAAAAAGGUCUUUAGGUAGAGAUGCUCAGAACCUCCUGGAUUAUUUUAAAAAAAUGCAGGCCGAGAACCCAGGGUUUUACUAUGCCAUACAACUUGAUGAAGACAACUGCAUGGCUAAUGCAUUUUGGGCAGAUGCUAGAUCAAGAACAGCAUACAGUCAUUUUGGUGACGGUGUUAUACUGGACACAAUGUAUAGAAUUCAUAAAUAUAAAGUACCAUUUGCCCCAUUCACAGGAGUAAAUCAUCAUGGUCAGACAAUUUUGUUUGGUUGUGCACUACUUCUAGAUGAAUCCGAGGCUACAUUUGUAUGGCUUUUUAAGACAUUUCGAGCUGCCAUGAAUGACCGUUCCCCUGUUUCCAUAACCACUGAUCAAGACAGAGUCAUACAAAUAGCCAUUUCACAGGUGUUUCCUGAAGCCCGCCAUUGUAUAAGCAAGUGGCAUGUGUUAAGAGAAGGCCAAGAAAGAAUGGCUCACGCAUGUAUUGCACAUCCUAAUUUUCAGGUGGACCUGUAUAACUGUAUCAACUCUACUGAGACAAUUGAGGAAUUCGAAUCAUUUUGGGCGUCAAUCCUUGAUAAAUAUGAUCUUCAGAGAAAUGAUUGGCUUCAGUCAAUAUAUAAUGCUCGCACACAAUGGGUACCAGUUUAUUUUCGAGACUCUUUCUUUGCAGACAUAUCCCCCAGCCAGGGAUUGGAGAGCUCAUUUUUUGAUGGUUAUGUGAAUCAACAGACUACUUUACCAAUGUUCUUUCGUCAGUAUGAAAGAGCUUUGGAGGACUCUUUUGAGAGGGAAAUAGAAGCUGAUUUUGAUACUAUAUGCACCAGCCCAGUGCUGAGGACACCUUCACCAAUGGAGAAACAGGCAGCAAAUCUGUAUACAAAGAGAAUCUUUUCAAAGUUUCAAGAAGAAUUAGUGGAGACUUUUGUGUAUACUGCAAAUAGGAUUGAUGGAAAUGGGGCUAAUAGUACAUUCAGGGUUGCGAAAUUUGAGGAUGACAGCAAAGCCUACAUUGUCUUGUUGAAUGUUCCAGAAACGAAAGCAAAUUGUAGCUGUCAGAUGUUUGAAUAUUCUGGUGUCCUUUGUAGGCAUAUAUUGACAGUAUUUACUGUAACGAAUGUCCUUACACUGCCAUCCCAUUAUAUAUUAAAGCGAUGGACUAGAAAUGCAAAAAAUGCUGCUGUAUCCGAAGAGCGUGGUGAACUACAAGGUAACGAGACUCUGACUAUACGUUACAAAAAUUUAUGCAAAGAAGCAAUCAGAUUCGCUGAGGAAGGAGCUAUAGCUUCGGAGACAUACAAUGUGGCUCUUGGUGCUCUUAGAGAAGGGGUGAAGAAGGCUGCUGCUGUGAAGAGAAGUGUAGCAAAAGUUGCACCUCCGAGCUCCCUGGCUAGUGGAGUUGGUUAUGAUGAUUGGAGGACAUCCACAUCAGCUCCAGAGAUGACCCCAUUAUUAUGGCCACGACAAGAUGAAAUGAUACGUCGCUUCAAUCUUAAUGAUGCUGAUGUUGCUGGUCAACCAGUGUCCAAUAGGAAUUUCCCACAUAUGUCUCCCCUCUCUCUUCACCAAGAUGAUAAUCAUGCUGAUAAUAUGGUGACUCUUCCUUGUCUUAAGUCGAUGACUUGGGUGAUGGAGAAUAAAAAUGCAAUGCCCGCAAAUAGAGUAGCUGUAAUUAACCUCAAGUUGCAAGAUUACAGUAGGACAGCUGGAGAAUCAGAGGUUAAAUUUUCACUCUCUAGAGUCACAUUAGAGCCCAUGUUGAGGUCCAUGGCCUACAUCAGCGAACAGCUUUCUACCCCGGCCAACAAGGUUGCGGUCAUCAAUCUGAAGCUUCAAGAUACUGAAACAACUUCAGGAGAAUCAGAGGUGAAAUUUCAAGUUUCUAGGGAUACUUUAGGUGCCAUGUUGAGGUCAAUGGCAUACAUCCGUGAGCAGCUGUCAAAUGCAGUUGAGCGCAAACAAGUUAAUCCAGUCAAAAAGCAACGGAAAUAAAGAACCUCCUGUCUUCUUUUCACCUCAACCUGAAAACAAAUGAGUUAGAAAAUCUCCUAUCAAAUUGUUCAUGUCUUUUGUACAGGGUUGUCUUUCUUGAUUCCCAAUUUAUGCUUCGUCUUUGUUCAUUUUUGUACAUGUAACUUUAUAAGGAUCUUCACAUUGGGUCUCGAAUACGGUCUAGAUUGUGCAUGUUAUAACAAUAAAUAUAUAAUUUUCAAGGCAGCACUAAUGUUGUGUUUUCUCUAAUGAAAAAGAAAGCUGAGGUUUAAAUA